ACAUAGGCUACCAGAAGUAGUUUAUUUAAUCUUUAUUCUUUACUCUUUAAUGGCUAAAAAUGCGCAGAAUCAUGAGCAGUCAAGAUUCUAACCCUUGAAAGUUUGCAGUUGACCCCUAAAUUGGUUGCUGUCAAGCAAUUAACACCAUUUGUUAGUGAAUUCAAGUCCACUAAUGAAGCUCCUUCAUGUUAGUAGCUCCAUUACUACCUUCAUUCUCUCUCUCUCUGUCUCGUUUGCCACCAAUCCAUCCCCGGCAUGGAGUCACCUACUUGUUUGUCUAGGGCUCCUUCAAUGAUAGGGAGGCCAUUAAUUCUAGCAUUUGCACUGAUCAGGAAUCUAUAGUAAUGGGAGCAAACAGAUGGAGCGAUUUUUAAGAUGGUGGUGGAGCACACAUGCCUGUGCUUGCUCCAUUGGUAGGGUUUGGGUAUUGCCUCGAAAACCUUAAUUUUUAUCACCUUUGUGAUUGGGAUAAGGAGAAUAUGAGGCCUUUUAUUGUGGAGGCAUUGGAUUUAGAUGGUGGUGAUGGGUUGUUGGGUUUGGGGAAUUUUUUGGGCUUUGACAAAGAAAAAGAAACUAAACUUUGUAUUUGGAUUUUUGGAAACCUCGCAGAUUCAUUUGGGGCUUCAGUUUUGUAACCUUGGUAGAUUCAUGUUAGGGCUUGGCAUAGAGGGAGCUUCCUUCCAUGGCUUCUUGAUAGAGAGUAGAGAGAAAGAAGAGGGGAAGGAUGAGAGAUAGGACUGAGGUUGAGGAAAGAGAAAACAGAUGUUUACUGGAUUCCAUAGAGCAUACUCACUGAUGUCAUAGGAUGAGUUAGCCUUUCUUUUUAGCGACAAUGAUAGAUACUUUGAUGACUUUAUUUAAUAAAAAUAUGCACGAUUGUCUUCUGUAGCUGUGUUUGUGUGUGUUUUAUUUUUUUAAUUUAAAUCUGAAAUAAUUAGAUCCCAGCAGAUGGUUUUUGUUUUUGUUUUGUUUUGUUUUGUUUUGUUUUUUUUUUUUUUUUGCGACCAGCUCAUGUUACUUUAUGCAUACCAAGGGAAUGAUUGUUACUAUUGCAAAGUAAAAUGCUUAUUUACAAUUUGUUUGUCUUUUGUCAGUUCCUAGCAGUGUGGUCAGUUGCACGUCCCUUCGAAUCUCAUAAAAGCGCAAAUCAUCUAUAUUUUCCCUAUUUAACCUUAAAGACAAGAGCCCAUUCUGGAGUGAGGAUGUUAUGCGUGGUCAACUGGUCGUAUGUGUUGGUCAUGUUUGUUGAAUAAAAUAGCUAAAGUAUUAGUUGUAAAUAUAGCUUGUUUGGCUGUAAAUAGUGCCUACUUCUUUUACUCUGUUUUUGUACCGAGUUGAUUGUUAUGCAUGCUGGGUGUUAAAUAAUGGAAGGAUUAAUUGUGAAUAUUGUCAGUUCAAUAGUAAAUAACUUCAGUGCUUUUAUUCCAAUCCUCCUCCGAUAUCGCCGUCCUAGAAGGCGGCCCUCCGCUAGCCGCCGAAAGCAUCGCUCUAACUUGCUCAUAUCUUAUUAGUGCUUUUAUUCCAAUCCUAACCUUCAAUCCUAACGUUUUGUAGACGAGAUGGAGACAAAAUAGUAUCAGUUUCAGUUCAAGUUCAGUGAGUGGAUUGUGACGUAAAAGCUAAGGCAGGGCGAAAUUUCACACGAACAUGUUUGAUUUGCUCCUCAAACUUCACACGAAAUUUCCCUCUGUCUCCUUUCUUGUUUGAAUUACUACUUUGUUUUUUCUUUUGCUUUUGAUCGAUGUUGGCUGUGAGCUGUGUCUAUUAUCCCCUAGAUGCUGUGCAGAAUAGAAAUAUGGAAGCUUCUGAUGGAGGAAAUUCAAGCUUCAUCCACCGUGGUGCAAUUGUUCACCCCAAUGCCGUCAUAGGCGAGGUAUUUUCUUGAAUAUGAAUUCCUCACUUCACACCAUCUUCACCAUCUCCUUGUUUUCUUCUCGUAGCUUAAUGUUUUCUAGUGAUUGGUCUCCUGCUGUUAUGCUUAAGGGGGUUUCAAUAGGACCUUUUUGUUCUGUGAGUUCUUCUGCAGAGAUUGGCAAUUUUUGUAAGCUAUAUCCUGGAAGCCAUAUUUUUGGAAGUACCGAAUUAGGAAAUAACUGUACAUUGAUGGCUGGUGCUGUUGUGGGUGAUGAUCUUCCUGGAGUAACCAUUGUUGGAGGAAAUAACUAAAUAGGUUAUCAUGCUGUGAUUGGUGUCAAAUGUCAAGACUUGAAAUACAAGCGAGAGGAUGAAUGUUUCCUGAAUGUUGGUGACAAUAAUGAUAUUGGAGAACUUACUUCAAUCCACCGAUCUUCAAAGUCAACUGAUAGGACUGUUAUUGGGAAUAACAAUCUUAUCAUGGGAUCUUGUCAUAUUGCCCAUGAUUGCAAGGUUGGCAACGACAACAUUUUUGCAAAUAAUACUCUUCUUGCUGGACAUGUCAUGGUGGAGGACUAUAUUCACACUGCUGGUGCCAUCGUUGUUCACCAAUUCUGCAAUCUUGGCUCCUACUCUUUCCUUGGUGGUGGUUCUGUGGUUUCACGAGAUGUCCCCAAAUACAUGAUGGUGUCUGGAGCAAGAGCUGAACUUCGUGGUCUUAAUGUAGUGGGCCUUACUCGGCGUGGAUUCACAAUCAGGAGCCUUGAAACAGCUUAUCAAAAGAUAUUCAUGCCCGCAUGUGCAAACACUAGGUCCUUUGGUGAAAGGCUUGGUGCUGUGGUAUUCUCUUUUAUGGAUUUGGAGAGAACCUUCCAUGGUCAAAUCUUAAUUAAUUGUGAACUACUUUUGCAGGAGAAGCACGAAGAAUUGACUCACUUUCCUGUUGUACGUGCGAUGUUGAAAUCUAACCGUGAUUCUUUUGCAGAAGAUCGGCAUGGAAUAUGCAAGUUCAGAGACUUGAUUGGCUCUUGAAGCGAGAUGAAGUGAGCACACACAUAUGCAUGGAUAUACCUGGCGGUUCUGUGACACUCCUCAUGUGUCAUGGCAUACUUAAUUCAUAAGUACUCUAUUGGCCUUACAUAUUUAGCUAGGACUUCCUCGUUUCAAGAAAAUCAACUUGUGAUUUUAAUACUAUAUUAUUUGAUUUAGUGUGAAGAGUUGACAGUUUUGCAGAUAUCUCAUGCAAUUUUUGCCUGGAUUACAAGCUCAUGUGCAUUCAGUGGGGUAAACUAUGACAGCUGUUCUGGCAGGUCUGAAGGAGUCAGUCUACACUGAAGCAAUUUUGAUGGAAAAUAUCGUAUUACUAAGAGCUUGUGGCAUGAA